AUGCGCGACCCUGCCGCCAACGCCAGUCGCGCGAGCUCGACGUCCAGUGCAGCGAACCCGCCGCCUCCUGCGCUCGCCCUCCCGCCUGAAGAGACCAAGCCGUCGACGCUGACGCCGAAACAGAGUGCUGCUUCCGCGAGGCCACUAAACGUAACCGACGCGCUGAGUUACCUCGAUGCUGUCAAGGCGCAGUUUCAGGACCAGCCGGAUGUGUAUAAUAAAUUUUUGGACAUUAUGAAGGAUUUCAAGAGCGAGAUCCUAGACACACCCGGCGUAAUACAAAGAGUAUCUAUGCUCUUCCAAGGCAACCCCCAGCUAAUCCAGGGAUUCAACACCUUCCUCCCGCCCGGCUACCGCAUCGACUGCUCCGCCGACCCGCGCGACACCAACAUCACCGUGACCACCCCCGAGGGCGUCGUCACCCAGUCCACGCAGGGGCUCCCCGCGCACUUCCAGCCCGCCACACCGCCGCUGUACUCGCCGGGCAUCCCGGGCGCGAGCACGACCGCGGCGGCGAAUUUCCUGGGUGGGUACGCGAUGAACCCCGCGGGCGGCGCGCCGCAGGGGCAGGAGUCGGCGCAGUUCCGCAACGCGAUCGAGUACCUGCACAAGAUCAAGAGCCGCUUCGCGGACGACACGGAGGUGUACAAGCAGUUCUUGGAGAUUCUGCAGAGCCACCAGAAGGAGAACGGAGCUCAGCAGUCGCAAGUGUAUGCGCAGGUGCAUAUGUUGUUCAAGGACGCGCCGGAUUUGUUCGAGGGGUUCAAGGAUUUCCUUCCGGAUGCUCAGGGUCUUAGUGCAUUAGGUGCCCAGGCGAUCCUGCCACAGCCGGAGGGUGGCGAGAAGGAGAAGCCGGGGACGGACAAAGAGAACCAGAAAGGCGCGGGUGCGGAGAAGAAGGCGGCCGCGAAGAGGAGGAAGAGGCCUGCUCCCGCCGAGAAGGAGCCGACGCCUGUCGGUGGGAAGGGAGGCAGUAGGGCUAAACGACCCAAAACGCAACACAAGCCAGAACCGGCAUCACCCCCUUAUUCACCGUACCAGCGGCCAGCCACACCUCCCCAUGUACACGCUCAGCAGCAGCAAGCUCACCAACGCGACCACCGCAACCACGCCUCCUCUUCACAACCCCCUCAGCACCCCCCUCCUCCGCCGGCUGGUAUGCAGCAGCCCCCGGUAGCAUACCACCAACAUGUCCCCGGGCAUCUCACACCUUCCGCACUCGACGCGGUCACGUUCUUCGACCAGGCGAAGGCGCUGCUCGAGCAGCGCGGGAUGUACGGCGACUUUUUGAAGUUGCUGGACAUGUUCGGGCACGACAUGAUCGACGCGAGGGUGCUGAUCGAGAAGGCGGAGCCGUUCAUCGGGGAGAGCGCCGCGGGGACGGGGGACCUGAUGCGGCGGUUCAAGGAGUUCGUCGGGUUCGACGAGAAGGAGGGGAAUGUGGAGAUGGGCCCGCCGGGGAGUAUUAGGACGGGGCCGCCCGACCUUUCGGUGCCGAGAGGGAAUGAUGUGGAGAAUAGCCCGAGUUAUCGACGGCUGCCUGAGAGUGAGCGGCGUUUGGCCUGCUCGGCGCGAGACCAGCUCGGCAGGUCUGUGCUCAACGACGACUGGGUGUCGCAUCCGACGUGGGCGUCGGAGGAUUCGGGCUUCAUUGCUCAUAAGAAGAACACAAACGAGGAUUGCCUGCACAAGAGCGAGGAGGAGCGGCACGAGUACCGCGUGCACCUCGAAGCGAUGGCGCGCACCAUCGCGAUCCUCGAGCCGCUCAACAUGCGCAUCGACGAGAUGUCGAACGACGAGCGGGCGGUGUUCAAGCUCAAACCCGAUCUCGGCGGGUACAGCAAGGCGCUGUACCAGCGCACGAUCAGGAAGGUGUACGGGAAUGCGGGCGCCGAGAUUUACCAGGCGCUGCAGGACUGCCCGAGCGUGGCGGUGCCUGUCGUGCUUGCGCGGCUUAAGCGCAAGGAGGAAGAAUGGAAGAAGAUGGAGAGGGAGUGGAGUCGUACUUGGCGCGAUCUGGAUGCGAAGAACUUUUACAAGUCUCUGGAUUAUCAGGCGAUCAUAUUCAAGCAGAACGAUAAAAAGAACAUCACGGCGAAGCAUUUUGUGCAGGAUAUUGAAGCUGUCAAGGCUGAGCAGGCAAAGGCCCGGGGAGACGAUCCGCACUUGUCGUUCACGCGUGGCUCUCUGGGAUUCCAACUGGAGUAUCCAUUGGAAGAUACAGGGAUUCUAUACGACGUGCUCAAGAUGGUCGACCAUUUUCUGGAACGCUCGCAGACGCAGUACAGCAUGCAGGAGCGCCGACGCCUGGAACGUUUCCUGCGUUCCUUUAUCCCGCUUCUGCUUAUGCAGCCGUAUUCAGAGCUGACGCCUGAAUGGGUAUCUGUGGAACUCGGUCCGGAUGACGAGGACGAUGCUGUGGACGGCAGUAAGGGCGGUCGUAGAUCGGCGAGUGGGAGACAGACUGGGGGCGUUGCUGCGGGUGAUCUUCGCAGCAAGCUUCUGAAGACUGCUCGCGAGCGGCGCACUGCCUCGGCGCCAAACUCGAGAUCAACAUCUCCAGGCCUGUCGCGCGACGAGCGGGAGCUGCAAGCUGGGUUCGCCCCGGAGACGGAUGAUAUUUGGAUUCAGGAGUCUGCGAGCAGCUUACCGGAGGGAGUGCCCAGGGCGGGACUGACCCCCGCGAAACGCCGACCAUUCUUCGCUAACACGACGUUCUAUACGCUCUUGCGGUUAGUCCAGCUCCUAUACUCCCGCCUGCUGCUCUGCAAGGGGAUAGGCGCUAAGCUGGCGGCUGUGGACCAUGAGCCGCUCCGUCCCAAUCCUAUCGCGGUCGAGUUAGGCCUCGAGGAGCCAAAUGGGCCUGCCUCAGUUUUGGAAAGAGCCAUCCAGACAUUGUCCGAAGGCCCCGGGACGAACGUGCUUUACAAAUAUCUCCUCGAGUCCUGCGAAAAGGUCUUCGAUAAUGAGAUGGACCAGCAAACAUUUGAGGAGCAUGCUAGAUGGUUCUUUGGCACGCAGGCGUAUACCUUGUUUACUAUAGACAAACUAAUUUUAGCCCUCAUCAAGCAAGUUCAUACUAUAGUGACAGAUAAUAAAUGCCAGGAGUUGUGGUUCCUCCUUCAGAAGGCUCGGCGGUUGGAAACACCCACAACGCACGAUAUUAUCCGUUAUCGGCGGGAAGCCGAGCGUCAUGUAGGAUCAGAUGAUAAUCUGUAUAGGAUUGAAUGGGAUCGCCUGGGGAAAACAAUGCGCAUUCAGCUGGUAGGUCCGGAUGACGCAAGCGUGGAUGAAGGGACUUCUCCCUCGGAACGUUGGAGAGAGUAUGUGGACACCUUCAUCAUGCGGCACCGCACAGAAUGGAUGCCGUUGGCAAGAUCCAGGAAGCGCUCGAGCCCUGUGUUCAUGAAGAGGUGUUUGCCGCCGGAUGAUACGCCCGCGACAGACAGUUGUCUGGUUCAAAACAAGAUGGCGAUUCGCAUCAGUCUGGGGACGUACAAGAUAUUCUACGAAGCUGGUACCGAGGACUUUAUCUGGCAGCGAAGGAGUGCGGCCGACGACAAGCUCCUGCGCGAGCGCGCUGCUGCUCGACACGAAGAACGGAAGCAAUGCCGUCUGCUACAAUGAGGCGGACACUAUUCGGAACCUGGCCCUCAAAGGAGAUGAGGUUCCGGAUGGUAUUGGCGACGUCAAGUCGCAGUGUCUUCCAUACGAGUGCGAUUAUGUUGGGCGAGGCUUGCACAGCUGAUUGAACUUUGCUCAGGGUGGGGUCCAGGUUGGGCCGUGUAUGUUAGAGGGCUGCUGGCCCAUAGUAUACACGCGGAAUUUCCAGAAGAGGGGGACACGGGAUUGAUUAGCUGCACCGAGUAACCUGCACUAUUUGCGAGACUGUUGUAUUUAUAGGAAGGAGGUAUACAUAAGACAUAGGGCUAAUAAUAGAGUGCUUCAUCA